AGCAGAUCAUCUAGUUUUAUGAAAGCCCAUCACCAUCAGUAUUCAAUGCUCCCUUCUAGCUAACUUGCUUUAAUUUGUCAGCCCAGAUCUCUCACUUGGAGAAACAGUACAAUUACUUGUUCCGAUUCUGAAUCUUGGUAUGGGUAAAUUUUCAGUAGUUAUUUACGUAACCAUAGCUCUGCUUCUUCUUUUGCUUCUUUCGCAGUCGCCCAAGAAGGCGCAGAACCACCGCCACCGUAGGCUUAAACUUCGUUCUUCUUUCCAUUUGGACCCUACACGUCACAAGCCUGUCCCCUUCGACCCGCUCGUGGCCGACAUUGAGCGGAUUCGCGAGGACAGGCAGUGGGAGAAACAGUAUAUAGAACACGCCCAUCCUGAGCUUGUGAGCCACGAACACGCCCGCCCGGGCCAUGAGAGUCAGCCCGAGUGGGAAGAUUUUAUGAAUGCUGAAGAUUACUUGAACGAUGAGGAGAAGUUCAAUAUUACCAAUAGGUUGGUGCUGUUGUUUCCAAAGAUUGAUGUGCAGCCGCCUGAUGGGUAUGUUAGCGAGAGCGAGCUGACUGACUGGACCUUGCAGCAGGCUGAGAGGGACGUGAUGCACAGGACUCAGAGAGAAUUGGAGACUCAUGAUAAAAAUCAGGAUGGACUUGUGUCUUUCGCAGAGUACGAGCCUCCCAGUUGGGUUCAUUAUGAAGAUAAUAAUUCUUUUGGCUAUGAUAUGGGUUGGUGGAAACAUGAGCAUUUUAAUGCUUCGGAUGCAGAUGGAGAUGGUCUUUUGAAUAUAACUGAGUUUAAUGAUUUUCUACACCCGGCUGAUAGCAAAAAUCCAAAUCUAAUGUUGUGGUUGUGCAAGGAAGAAGUAAGGGAGAGAGAUUCAGACAAAGAUGGGAAAAUUAAUUUUAAAGAAUUUUUCCAUGGGCUCUUUGACUUGAUAAGGGACUAUGAUGAUGAAAUUCAUAAUUCUUCUGGUCCAUCUGAUGACUCAAUAGAUGCCCCAGCUAGAGAGUUGUUUUCUCAGCUUGACAAAGAUGGUGACGGUAAUUUGUCAGACAUAGAUCUACUUCCAAUAAUUGGAAAACUUCAUCCAUCGGAGCGAUACUACGCAAAACAACAAGCAGAUUACAUCAUAUCACAGGCAGAUAUGGAUAAAGAUGGUCGUCUAACUCUGGAAGAGAUGAUUGAGAACCCUUACGUAUUUUACAAUGCUAUUUUCAGUGAUGAGGAGGAAGACGAUUUUAACUUCCAUGAUGAGUUCCGUUAAUUUCAUGCUAGGAUACUAAUAAAACAAGAAUAGAAUUCAAAUUCUUUGUCAGUGAGAAUGUACCUGUAAUUUGAAGCUUUUACAGCUUCCAUUGAGGGUCAUGCCCCUGCAACAUUGCCUUCCAUGUUAAAUUUUUCUGCUUGUUCAGGUAAUUGUGUAUACAACAAAUAAUAUGAUCAGCCAUUUAGUUUAUAAUAUAUAUUUUACUUUUUGCAGAUUCUGGAGAUUACCACUCUCCAGAGUUCCUUAAUUGGCCGGGUUAGUUGAAAUAUUAACUUAUUGGGGAACAAUUUGUUUAAGAUUGUUAUACUUUUUCAGUUAAGUAGAUAUAAAAUGUACCAUAAAAGUCAUUUAUCAUC